AUGGCUAUCGUAUGCUGCAAUCGGGAUAAUCUUUAUGGCCAUUCAUUUAUCGUUAUUGUAUCACAAAUUAUUAUUUGUCAAUUUAUAAAUUUUACUCCACAAAUUACUAUUGUAUUACCUAAAAUAUUACUGUCUAAAAAUAGUUCAUAUGCAUACAAAACAGCGUGGAUUAAUCGCAUAUUCGCUACAAUUAAUGUAUUUUCAUUUUACGACAUACUAUGUUUUUCAUUUUUAUUAACACUGAAUCGAUUCGUGGCUAUAAUUUUACCAAAAUAUAUUGUUUUGUUCGAAUCAACAAAGUUGUAUUUUGUCCUCUUUUUCACAUGGUUGACAGUCUUUGCACUUACAUUUGUGGACUUUCAUUAUUGCACGAGAAGUUUUCAAGUCUCAACAUUGCUUUGGAUAAGAGAUUGUAGCAAACAAUCAAGUGAUAGCGGACAAGUUUUUCUAAUUUUCUUCUAUAGUUGCGAGCUAUUUCUAUCACUUACAAUAUUCGUUAUGUACUGCGCAAUUAUUUCCACAAUACGUCACCGUUUCACUUCAAUUAAGAAUGAAGCACAAACAACUGAUGGAAGAUAUGGAGGACAUAGAAUGAGUAUGUUGGAAAAUAUUAAACGUGAACGGUCGAUGUUAAUUCUAGCUGCAAUGACUUCUGGCUCAUUAAUAAUUUCAGUAAUAUUAGUUGGUAUUUUGCCAAUGCUUCUGGUAAAAAGUUUUUGUCAAGAAGGUUUAAUUACGAUGAAUAUUCUCAUCAAUUUAAAUGUCAUUUUAGGUCGUUGUGUAUUACCUACAGCUUUUUUUUUAACUAAUAAACGUGCUCGUAAGUAUUUACACUCACGUCUGAGGAAUAGCGUAGUAAAAACGACUCAAUUCCAAAUCACCAAAUAG